CAGCGGCCUUUUACCACAUGAUCAGCCGUGUCCAAUGACACGCUGCUCACCGGGAAAUGCAAUUGCCGGUUCUCGGCUGCACUUUCCUCACACUGUCAGAGAGGAUCGGCACUGAUGAUCAGUGCCCUGAUGAUCGGUGCCCAGCAGUGCUGCCAGUCAGUGCCACCUAUCAGUGCACCCACCUGUGCCACCCAGCAGUGCCACAUACCUGUGCCCAGAAGUGCCACCCACCUGUGCCCACCAGUGCAGCCCAGCAGUGCUGCCAGUCAGUGCCCAGCAGUUGCGCCAGUCAAUGCCUAGCAGUGCUGCCAGUCAGUGCCACCUAUCAG